CCAGGUGAAGUUGUGUGUCAAUGUGUCGAGCGAAGUUUGUCAAUGGUGAGUCGUUGUUUGAGAUUGAUGUUUAGUGUGAUUGAUGUUUUCAUAUUUUAUAGGUAAUUGGUACAAUGGCGAUUGAAAUGACUGGUGGUAUAUAUUGUCCAUUAUCACCCCGAGACCCAGAACAUCGUUUAUAUACACUUGUACAACAAACUCAAAGUCGUCUUGUUCUUUUUCAUUGGCUGACAAAAAUGAAGUUUGAUAAUAAUAGUAUUUCAUUUGAUAUUGGUAUAAUAUUGACGAGCAAUGAUGUCACAAGUCAUAUUAAUGUUGAUCGACUAUCAAGUAUUACAGCCACGCCUAAUGAUAUUGCCUAUAUCAUUUUCACAAGUGGCUCAACUGGAAUACCGAAAGCAAUUCAAGCACGCCAUGAAAAUUUCAUUCAUUUCAUGAAUUCGUUAGUAAAGAUCGACGUAUUCAACAAAGAUGAUACUGCAGUUCAGAUCGGACGAUGUUCAUUUGACAUUCAUAUUCAAGAAAUACUUGGCACUUUGAUGCACGGGGCUACAUUGGUUAUGGUUCAUCCAAGAGGAACAAUUGAUUUUGAUUAUCUUUCCAAUGUCGUACAGACGAAACAAAUUACAUACAUGUUCAUGGUUCCAAGUUUACUUCAAGGGUUUUUCACACUUAUGGCACAGUCUAGCAAGACUAUCACUUCAAAACAUUUCCGAUCACUUUGUAGUGGUGGCGAACCGUUCUCGGUUAAACUAAGUGCUCUGAUCGCAAAUAACAGUGUGUCAGAGUAUAAUGUAUGGAAUUACUACGGUCCUGCGGAAAUAACAAUCGCUUGUACUCUUCAUCUUGUUGAUGUCAAAGCUAAUUCUACAAGCAUUCCAAUUGGUAGAUCACUUCCUAACUAUCGAUGUUUGAUUUUAAAUAAAUUCUUACAAAAUACAUCUAUUAAUCAAGAAGGAGAAUUAUUUGUUGGAGGUGUUGGUGUCUUUACUGGAUAUCUUGGACGUGAUGAUUUAACUGCAAAAGCACUGAUUAAAGUUGAUGAUGAGUUAUUCUAUCGAACAGGUGAUCUCGUUAGAAUGGAUAACAAUGGACCAAUUCACUAUCAAGGUAGAAUGGAUCAUCAAAUCAAACUGCAUGGACAACGAAUUGAGUUAGGAGAGAUCGAACGAUGUUUAUUUAACAUUGCAUCCAUUUCUGCUUGUGUUGUUAUCAAAUGGAAUGAUGAUCAUUUAGUUGCUUAUGUUCAAAGUUCUCAUAUUAAUGAGAAUGAAUUACGAGAACAUUGUCAAUCAUAUUUACCAUCUCAUAUGAUUCCCUCAUUAUUUAUUAUACUUGACAAACUACCAUUAAAUGCAAAUGGUAAAAUAGAUCGAAAACUUCUUCCAUCACCUAACUUAUCAUCAACACAUCUCGCCGAUCAUGACAUACUGUUGUUACCAAUGAAUGAAAUAGAAAUCAUCAUUCAUCAUAUUUGGUGUGACAUAUUCAAACAAAAUCAAAUCUCAACUAACACAAAUAUCUUCUCCUUUGGUGGUCAUUCACUUAUGAUUAUGCAACUAUUUCAUCGAUAUAAAACUCAAUUUCAUCUUCAAACAAGUUCUCUUUCUAUUUCGAGUCUAUUUCAACAUCCAACAAUUAUUCAUCAUGCUCAACUCAUUCAACAAAUUGUCAAUAUGACGAAGAAUCUCAAUGAAUAUUAUUGGUCUUCAUUACAUAUCAUGAAAGCGAGAGCAUCUUAUGCUCAAGAACGUAUUUUCUUAGAUGAACACAUUCGAUUUUCAUCAACAAAUAAUCAUACUAACAUGUAUGUUAUUCCAUUAAUUUAUCGAAUAAUAUCUAUAAAUAAUCAUAUAUCUAUUUCACGAUUACAACAUGCAUUUCAAUCUAUCAUAACAAAACAUCAAAUUCUCCGAACGGCACUCUAUCUUGAUACAAAUGGGACUAUUAUACAACAUUGUUUAGAUACAAAUACUAUUAUCAAUGAUAAGAAAUCAUCAGGAUUUUCGACCAAUCUUCCCGAUGAAGAGCAUGAACAGAAUAAAAUUGUAAAGAAGAUACUAAAUCAAUCAAAUUUAUUUGAUUUAUCAAAAGGACAUGUGAUUAAUUGUCAUAUUCUUCGUCAUCAACAAUCAAAUCAUUCAUUCACUCAGAAUAAUGAUGAUCUAUUAACUAAAGAUGAUCUCAUAUUAUUUACCAUUCAUCAUGCAAUGUUUGAUGGAGCAUCAACAUCAAUCUUUCUUCGUGAUUUAACUCUUGCUUAUCAAUCUAAUGAUCUGCUUCCUAUAGAUGAUAAUUCAUUCCAAUAUAUUGACUAUUCUAUUCAUGAACACAUAAUGGA